UCUCAUUUCACAACAACAAUAACAACAACAAAAAAGAAACAUUCCUUUCCUUUUCAAAAUGUCAUUCCGGCUUCCGAAGAGUACCAUGAUUACCAUUUUUCAUGACCCUACCUGCAAGCUCUCAAAAGAAUCCUUGCGGCUUCUGAAGAGAGCAGCUAUUACACACAAGUUUGACGUGGAUGUGGUUCAAUCAAAGAAGAUCCCUCCAACGCAUGCUCAAGUAGCUGAUAUUAUUCGCUAUCUCGGCAAUGGAUCCGAGGCAAAAGGAGCAUCGUUGAUUCUCAAGGAGGAUGCUCCAAAGGUAUCCACUAUUAAAGAAGCGCAACUGGCUUUGGAUGGUAAACCAGGGUUAUUAAAGAAACCGCUGAUCGUCGACUGGGAUAAUCGCUUCGCCAUUGUUGCAGAUCCACCAUCAUUGGUCCAAACGUUUGUCGAUCAUAUCAAAGAUAGGAGAUAAUUAAUUUCAAUAACAAUCAUAAUGAUCACAUUAAUAG